UUAUUUUUUUCUUCCUCCUCCUUAUCCCUCUUCCCUCUCGAUGUUCUCCCCGACUGCUAAAAAAUCCAAAAUCAUCAAUUUCAUCUCCUUCUCCAAAUCAAUACGGUCAUGCAUUAAUUUGAAUUCGCACCCGAACUCUUAGAACCCUCGAACCCAGUUUGGGUUCGACAUUUCCGGUGACUUUCAGACGUCUUCAGGUGACGGCAGCCCUGCGACCACCACUAUUCGACUCCCAACAACAACAUUCAAGUUUUGCAGUGCUCGAAUCUGGCUCUAUAUCGAGGAGUUCCAUAAGCCCAGCUCACGGUGGGCUUUGAAACAAAAAGUUUUUAAGCACUGUGGUGUAAGCUCACUCACACACCAUUUUCAAUCUUGUCAAAAAAGAAUGAGCAUUGCAUUGAUACUUUGGCUGUGAAACGGAAGGUAGAAUUGUUAAUGAUUAGACAUCGGUUUUCAAAAUCGUUUAAUUUCAGCAGUGGUUCAAAAAAAAAAAAAAAAAAAAUUCCUGUGACCUCUGGGUCUUCUUCCUUUAUUCUUUCUUCGUUGAGUUUUAGUCCUCCAAAAUUUUUGAUAAUUUUUUAAAUUUGAGUUUCUGGAUUGCUCUUAAAUUGGAGCGUUUGUGUUGGGUAUUCCACCCCCUCCCUUUUAUUUUCCGGUGGAAGCACUGUUCUCUUCAUGCUAAUUGUCAAAUUGUUCGAACCACAGAGAUGAAAAGAUCUUUCCAGAGAGAGGAAGAAGGUCGUAGAAAAAAUAAUAUUAAUUAGAAUAAUAACAUUAAAAUAGAUCCUCAAAUGUUUGCUAUGCCAAGUACAAAUAGUGUUUUCCGUUGCCUAGUUAUCAUUUCACAGAGUUUUCAAGAGAAAGAACGAAAAAAUGCACAUUACUUUUUUCGGUUUGAAGAAUAUUAAAUUUAUGUCUCAUUUUGUGUGUAAUUUUACACCGUGUGAAAGCCACUCAAUAUAAUGUAAAAGUCAUAAUGACUUUUAGAAGAAGCUGUUGGCAAUUAUUGCACUUUGUAAAGUACUUUGCCUUUUAGAAAAAAGAGAGAGAGAGAGAGAUAUAGAGAAUAAAGGAAGUGCUGCUCCUCUUCUGAUGUUUCGGGCAAUCAGUCGUCAAUUAUUGAAGGGGCUUUCGCCCGAGUGGAGAAUCAUCGGACAAGGGGAGGCCCACCUUACGUGAAGGAAGAGAGCCAAUUAGUAUUCACGCAAUAAUUGAAAGUGACAUUUGAAAAAGAAGAAAGACCAAUUAUCAAUCAUUCCGCUUUACAAAGUAAAAAAAAUAGCCGAAACACUUAUGGUAUCAGAUUUGAUGAACGAUCAACAAAUUUCAAUCACUCCAUCAAAUUUGAGGGUUUUAAGUGCUCCGACACUAUGUCUUGAAAAAUUUCAGUCGUUUUAAGGUCAAUUACUAACUACAUUUGUUAUGUUUUGUCCAGUGAUUCUUAUUCAAGUCCAAUGGCCAGAUCAGAAAACACUGUCAUGACCAUGCAACCUGAAGAUGAAUCAAGUUCCAUAUGGACAGAGAGAACUCAAAAGCCUGACGAGUCCUUUGAUAAAAAAUAUUGGAGGAAGAUAUUCAUCGCAUCGUGUUUUUUAGCUGUUCUAGUGGAUCCGUUAUUCCUCUACGUUCCGAUUCUCAUGGAUGAUUUCAAGUGCCUUAUGUUAGACCCAAAGUUGAAGAUAACUGCUCUUAUUUUAAGAACAAUCACAGAUCUUUUCUAUUUAAUGGAUAUUAUUAUUCGAAUUUAUAGACAUGAGAACUAUUCAUCUAGUUUAUUCAAUGAACUUGAUGACAGACAAAACUUUAGAUGGAAAUCUAGUGUGCGAAGAAUAGCCAAGAUAAUACGGGCGUCAAUUGAUAUCUUAAUUGACAUUGUAGCUCUUCUUCCCCUUCCACAGGUGGCAAUUCUCAUUUUCUUUUCAAAAAUGAGUGACUUGAGAUAUAUGACUAAAAGAAGGAUGGUUAUCAUGAACAUUUUUGCUCUGUCGCAAUAUGUGACACGAGUUCUUCGCAUCUACCUCUCAUUUAUGGAACUUAAAAGGACUCCUAAAGAAGAGAUUACAGAGACUUCCGUAUGGAUUAAAGGUGUACUCAAUUUCUCUAUGUACAUAAUGGCAAGUCAUGUAUUGGGAGCCAUGUGGUACUUUUUUGCCAUUCAACGAAUGAUGAGGUGUUGGCAUUCUGCAUGUCGAAAGGAUGAUGGAUGUGAUAACAGAAUUUUUCAUUGUCAUGAUCACCACGCAUUUAGAAAUACCACAAUUCUAAAUGAUUUGUGCCCUCUCAAUUCAUCAGACACAAUGCCCAUCGAUUUUGGUAUAUUUGCUACUGUGCUUCAAUAUGGUAUUGUAGGAUCAACUGAUUAUUUCCAAAAGUUCUCAAACUGUUUUUGGUGGGGUCUACAACAUUUAAGUUCCUUUGGUUCAAAUCUUCAGCCCAGUGCAGAUGGAUGGGAGAACCUCUUUACGGCUUUAGUUUCUAUAAUUGGCUUGCUCCUGUUUUUAUAUCUCAUUGGAAAUUUGCAGAUGUAUAUGCAAAUAGCUGCUACAAGAACAGAGGAUCACAAACACAGGAUGGUAAUGGAACAGAAGAGGAAAGAAAUAGUUCGAGAAAUAGAACUGUUGUUAUUUAAAAAUGGCAAUCCCACCAGUUUGAUUGAGAAAAUCAAGUCCCGGAUUAUGGGAAAGGUAAAAGAAGCACUUGAAGAGAGUGUAUAUGCUAAUUUGGACAGUAUUCUCCCUCUUCUUCCCCCGGAUCUUCAAAGCCAUAUACAAGAUGCUAGGUCUUUGGCUUGGUUGAAAAAAGUGCCAAUGCUUCAAGGGAUGGAUGAAGGUUUGUUAAAAAUAAUCUAUGAGAAACUUGAGCCCGUGAGAUAUACUGAGAACAACUUUAUUAUUCAAAAGGGUGAAAUAUUUGAAAAGAUGGUCUACAUUGUAGACGGAGUUGUAUCCAUUGAAGAGAGAUCUUCUAAUGAUUUGAGUCGAGAUGCAGAUGCAGGAGAAUUAUUUGGAGAAGAACUUCUACGUUGGCCAUUCUACUCUGACUUCCCUUCCGAACAACCGUCGGCAACUGAAUCUGUAAAGACAACUGGUGUUGUUGAAGCCCUUGCUCUCACUUCACACCACUUGAAACGUAUGCCAGUAUUCCAAAACAUGGAAGAAUCAGUGCUGAAACAAAUUUGUAGCCAUCUUCGGCCCAUGAAGUAUUUUGACGGAGAGAACAUAAUUGCAAGGGGUGACCCAAUUCAAGUAUUGUUCAUUGUGGCUGGAUAUAUAUCCGAUCAAAGUUUUAAUCAAAAAGGGCCAGGAGAAUUCUAUGGAGAAGAACUUCUGGAUUGGCCAUUCUCGAUCUCUUUCCCUCGCAGAGUGCCUACAGUAGCUGAGUCUCCUUAUGCAGUAUCUGAAUGUAUUGAAGUCCUUGUUCUGACGGCGGUGAACAUGGAGAGGGUAGCCACUAAAUUCCGCAAGCAUUUCAUCAAAAAUUACGGCAGACUCGCACAGAAAGUGGUUAAUUAUGCAAGCCCCACCGUUACAAUGCCUGGGCCAUCAUCUUCUGAGGCAGUCGUACGAUUUACUGAAGAGGACAUUAAGGAGGCCACAAGCAACUACAGUUGUCUUAACUAUGAAAAUGAAGGCGGCUACGGAGCAGUUUACGAAGCAGCAUUACCUGGAAGUGAAACACCUGUUGCCAUAAAAACGUCCAACAGUGCUGAUAUUGGUAACCGGUUCAUCCAGAGUCAACAUUUGGUUCAUGAGGCAUUUGUUCUUUCUCAAAUCAGACACAAAAAUGUGGUGAGGCUGUUAGGUUGUUGUUUAGAGACAAAAUGGCCUAUAAUGGUUUAUGACCGCACCUCUGCUAGGACUCUUGAGGAGCACAUUCACAUGAAUAGACCGAAACUCUUGCUGCAACAACGAAUGAAUAUAGCAGCGGAAACUGCAGGAGCUUUAGCAUACUUGCACUCCAUGUCAGUCAUACACCAAGAUGUGAAGACAGAGAAUAUAUUAAUAGAUCAUACAACUCACAUUGCAAAAGUUUCCGGUUUUGGAGCUUCACGAUUACUUCAUGAAGAUAAAGGUGAAAUGGAAUAUGUACGACCAACUUUGUCAGAGACACGGCUUGAUGAUGGUGAUAACAGUGAAACGGAAGAUGAAGUAUCAACUUCGCCAGAGCUAUUUUGGGAUGAAGCAACACCUAUCCCAGAGCCAUGGGGGGAAUAUGGAGAAUCAAAUUUGCCAGAGUCAUCGGGGGAAGCUGAAGUAUCAACUUUGCCAGGGACAUUGGGAUACUUAGACCCCGAGUAUCGUGUAUCACACGUGCUAACAGAGAAGAGUGACGUCUAUAGCUUUGGAGUAGUUCUAGUGGAGCUACUAACAAGUCAAAAAGCAGUUUCGUCUAACGGGCCUGAGAGAUUCCUAGCAGACGCCUUUGUUCGUUCAGUGCAACGGGGUCUCUUGCAUCAAAUUCUCGAUUGUCAAGUGAUCAAAGACAAUUUUACUAUAGCCGAAGAAGUGAGCAACAUUGCCGUGGCAUGUUUGAGGAAAAGGGGGCAGGAAAGGCCUUCCAUGAAAGAUGUAGCUGCGAAGCUUGACACUGUAGUGCAAACUAUUAUGACCAGGGCAAACCCUUCUACGGUGGAGAAUAAUAUAUCUUCGGGUUCUGGAACUUCCGAGUGAAGUAUUACUGAACCGACGCAGCUAGUUUCAGUUUGAGUGUGUCCUUGUGAAAUAAUUCAUUAGUCGUGUAGUGAAGGUUGACAAGUAAGAUGCGAUUGGUAGCUUGUGUAAACCAUGGAAUUUAGAAUUAGUAUCAAAUAUUUAUAUUUGCCCAUUA